CCAGCAGGUUGGCUGGACGGUCCUGCUCAGAGGAUCCCGCCGGACAUGCAUGUGGGAGAGAGAGCAGACAGGUGGCUGAACAAGGCAGCCCAGGAAUGCUGGUAAAUAAUUCAGCCAGACAGCUGAUAGUGUCUCCAGAUCAUACCCAGCAACGCGGGCAGGGGCCGGGACAGGGGGGCGCGGGAGAGCUCUCUCAAGGGCGUCCAGACCCGGAACCGCUCCAGCUACCUCCGGGAAAUCCACCUCCCUUGCCCAACGCUCCCUGCCUGUACCUUUCGCCUGAGCCCAAACCGGCCUAACCUGCUCUCCCGAGCCGCCCCCCCAAAGCCGCGCCGGGGAAGGCAGGGAGCUCAGUGCCAGCGUGAGGCGGAGGGAGAGAUUUGAUGAUGCCGCGCCGUUGACUUGGUGAGCCACACGGUGAAGCGCUGGCAGUCCUGCCUAGCAGUGCCCCCUGGCUGGACGGAGGAGGGGACCCCGCCAGGGGUCUGCAAGCCUCACCCAGCCCACCCCACGCACCCCCGGGAGAGUCAGCGGCAGCUGGAGCAGCGAGGGAAGAUGGCAGAGAGCUCCCUGUACACGCAGCGCCUAGAGGCCAUCGUGGGGCGGCGCAAGGUGCAGGAGCGGAUCCUCCGGACGCGCCGGGAGCUGGAGGAGGAGAAACUCCGAGCCCAGCAGCUCAAGAGGAAGUCCCUGCGAGACCAGUGGCUGAUGGAGGGGUCGUGUCUGCCCCCCGAGAACAACCCCACCUCCCCACUAUGGCAGACACAGUCCCGCAUCCAGGAGCUAGAGCAGGACCUGUCCAGCCUCCAGUCCCAGAUGCAGCAGCUGGAUAACCCGGAGCAUCACGGCAGGCCCCACGAGGCCUUGGAAGAUGCCAAGCAGCCAGCAGGAGGCAGCUGUGAGGCCCGGGGGGCUGGCUCUGCUUCGGCAGGUGGGGGGGGUUGUGGCUGCGAGACCGAACCUGCCCUCCGCCUGGCUCCAGUGCCCCCCAAGAGGGCCAUGCGAGCGGCAGCCCGGGAGACCCUGGAGAACGGGGAUGUGUCGAGAGCAGGUCCCUUUGGCGUGGAGGGUGUUGGCCCUGGGGAGGGCAAGACUGACGCCAGCUCUGCGGCUCCGGGAACUCAGGAUGACGGGGCGGGGGCGUCCGCCAAGCAGCCGGAGAAGCUGGGUGUGGGCAAGGUGGAGAUGAUCAUUAGAAACCACCUGGGCCAGGAAGUGGGCAGCAUGGACGCCAUCGGGCGGACGUCCCCGGAGACGGAGGGGGAAGCUCCCCGGGGAGAGAAUGGGUUGGAGGAGGCUUGGGACGGAAGGACCGAGCGGGAGCCGCAGAGCCCGCCCGCCCUUGUGAGUGACGCCCUGGACAGUGGGAUGGAGGAGAGCGUGGCAGGGGAAGGGAGCAGAGAGGGGCCGGAGGGGGAAUCCGGGGCACAGGACGGGGAGGCGCAGGCCCUGCCGGAUGAGAACUGCUGCCUCGAUUCCCCGAGGCCCGAGCCGGACGGGGAGCUGGAGGAACCGAGCGGGGUCGUGGAAGAGCGGGAGAUCUCGGCUGAGCCUGCCAGGGGAGCCACGGGAAUGGAGGCAGCAGAGGCUGCCCAGAGGGCUCAGCGCAGGGCAGCAGAACCAGAGAGGCCGGAGGAGCUGGGACCCACCCAGGGGAGAGGCCCUAUGUGGCAGGGGCCCGCUAGGGAACCAGAGCGUCAGGUGUCCCCCGGGGCAGAGCGUCCCCAGGCUGCAGGGAUGGGGGAAGGAGCAGAGACAAAGGCUUAUUCGCAGGACCAGAUCCCCUCCCCCCAAGAGUCUAAAGGAGCUCUGCAGGACCAGAUCCCAGCUCUGCAGGACCGGAUCCCCUCCCCCCAAGAGGCUAAAGGAGCUCUGCAGGACCAGAUCCCAGCUCUGCAGGACCAGAUCCCAGCUCUGCAGGACCGGAUCCCCUCCCCCCAAGAGGCUAAAGGAGCUCCGCAGGACCAGAUCCCAGCUCCGCAGGACCAGAUCUCCUCCCCCCAAGAGGCUAAAGGAGCUCCACAGGACCAGAUCCCAGCUCUGCAGGACCGGAUCCCCUCCCCCCAAGAGGCUAAAGGAGCUCUGCAGGACCAGAUCCCAGCUCUGCAGGACCAGAUCCCCUCCCCCCAAGAGGCUAAAGGAGCUCUGCAGGACCAGAUCCCAGCUCUGCAGGACCAGAUCCCAGCUCUGCAGGGCCAGAUCCCCUCCCCCCAAGAGGCUAAAGGAGCUCCGCAGGACCAGAUCCCAUCAGUUGUCCAGGACCAGACCCCUUCCUCUCUGCAGGAGGCUGAAGUAUCUAUGCAAAACCAGAUCCCAACUGAGCAGGACCAGAUCCCAUUGUCUCUGCUGGAAGUUAAAACAUCUCUUCAGGGCCAGAUCCUCUCACCACAAGAGGCUAAGGCAGCGCUCCAGGACCAGAUCCCUUUCUCUCUGCAGGAAGCUAACGCAUCUCUCCAGAACCAGAUCCCAUCUCCCCAAGAAGCUACAGUAGCUCUGCAGGACCAGAUCCCUUCCGCUCUGCAGGACCAGAUCCCUUCCGCUCUGCAGGAAGCUAACGCAUCUCUGCAGGACCAGAUCCCUUCCUCUCUGCAGGACCAGAUCCCUUCCUCUCUGCAGGAAGCUAACGCAUCUCUCCAGAACCAGAUCCCAUCUCCCCAAGAAGCUACAGUAGCUCUGCAGGACCAGAUCCCUUCCUCUCUGCAGGACCAGAUCCCUUCCUCUCUGCAGGAAGCUAACACAUCUCUGCAGGACCAGAUCCCUUCACCGCACGAAGCUAAACAUUUAUUCCACAGCCAGAUCUCCUCCAGCCAAGAGCCAAUCCCUGCCCUUCAUGGGGAGCUACCACUUACCCCACGGGAGUUGCCAUCCGGCAGAGCACCAGCCCUGGAGCAGGUGCCUUCCCGACCCAGGGAGAGCAUGGCCCUGAAAGGAGGCAGCGGCACUGGCCCGGUUCCAUCGACUGCAGAAGAAACCACCGAAAACCUGGGGAAGCUCCACCCGGAGCAGCAGCCUCUGCUCAAGGAAGCCUCUGGGCUCCGGACGGGCCAGAAGGCGCCACUAGAUCCCGUGGCCAGGAGCCUGCAGCCGGGAGCUGGCACCUUGAAGUCGCUGGCAGCUGUGAGCCCAGAGGCCCCGACAUACACCACCGCCUCUGCCAACACCGCCUCUCCGUGCCAGGGCAGGAGCGCCACCACCUCCCGGCCGGGAGACGGGCAGGAGACGGGCAGACGCAAGCAGAAGACGUGCCAGUGCUGCUCUGUCAUGUGAUCCCGGGCGCUGGGAUGGGGCGGCGAGAGCCCCAGCCGGAGACUGGCUGAGCAGAGGGACCUUGCUCCGGUGACUGGGGGCCCAUGCAGCUGCAGCUCAGCCCCUGGUGUUUGAAUUCCCCCAGGGAGGCUGUGCAUUUGUACCACCUGAUGUUUUCCUAUGGAGAGGUGCCUGGGGUAGGCAGUUAGUUGGGGGGGCACCUGUCUCCUGCUGGCAAGACGUGGUUGCUGCGCUAAUUUCACGUCUGAUUGGUUCUGUCCCAAGCCCCUGCACAGAGGGGUCCUUUUCCUUCCGUCUCUGCCCCUCUCUGGAGCUCCGAGUGCUGGGCAAAGGGGGGAGGGGCGGGGGUCUCCUGUUCCUGGGUGUUCAGGGCCCCAGCUCACACUUCUGCACACGCCUGUAUAUACGCACGCUCGCCCCCCCCCGCAUGAAUGCACAUGCAUGCACACACGCCCCUGCCCGAAUACAAACCUCUGCAUACAAACACGUGUACACGCGCCCGGUCUCCCGCACACCCCUGACUAUGCAGACAAGCCCCCAGGUACAAAUACAUGCUCACAAGUGCAUGUACACCUCCCCCCCCCCCCAGUACAGAAGUACACACGGACACAAUGCUUACCCCUCUGCACACAGACACUGCACACGCAUCACAGCCCAGACCGCUGCACUCACACACACAGGCCCCACACAAUCGCAGGUGCACUGGGGCACACUGGCAGGCACCUGGCCAGAGGCCGGUGCACACCCAGACGUACACACGCCAGCACGUGGGAUCGCUCAGCGUCCAGCUGAGCUGGGCACGGCCCGGCUGCCUGCUCCCCAACACGUCUUGGCCGAGAGACCUUUCCCAGAGUCAUCGCCGCGCCCCAGAAACCGCCUCCUCCCACAGUCCUCAGCACAGCUUUCCCGCGCCUGCAUCUGCCCCUUGCAGGACCAAACCCCCUUUCCCAGCUCUGGCUCGGGCAGCCCUGGAGCUCAGUAAUGGGACAGGCUGGAGCCGGCUGAGGUAUUUCGGUGUCCUGGAGGAUCUGGGCAUCAGUAGAACAGCCCCCAAAGCUGGGUUUGUCUCUCCCCCCCCCCCCC